AUGGAAGGAAGGAACAGUACUGGAGAUUUCCUAAGCAAGGAUAUAAGCAUCUCAACCUUGGAAACUAACAUCAGAGCAUUUAAUGGACCCAAUGAUACUUCAUAUUGUGACAUCAAGUUCCAAACCAUGAUUUUGCUUUCCCUCAUCACUUCCCUCUUUGGGAUGGUACUAAAUGCCAUAGUUUUGUGGUUGCUUGGCUUCCAGAUGCACAGGAAUGCCUUCUUAGUCUACAUCCUCAACCUUGCUGUGGCUGAUUUUCUCUUCCUGUUCUCUCAGUUUGUAUAUUGUGUUCUUGUUAUCAUUUACACCAUCGACUCCAUUUCCAUUGACAUGAUAUCAUUUUUAACUUUUAUGCCAACAUUUCCAUAUCUUUUAGGCCUGAGCAUUAUCACAACCAUUAGCGUUGAACGAUGCCUGUCUGUUAUGUGGCCCAUCUGGUAUCACUGUAAAUGUCCAAGACAUACAUCAGCUGUCAUCUGUGUCUUGCUUUGGGCUCUGUCCCUGGUGUUUACAUUUCUGGAUGGGAAGACAUAUUAUUUACUGUUUCCUUAUCUUCGCUUUUCUUGGACAUUUACUUUUGAGACACUUGAAAUCAUCAUUACUGUAUGGACAAUUCUUUUAUUUGUGGUUCUCUGUGGGUCCAGCCUCAUCCUACUUGUCAGAAUCUUCUGUGGCUCCCAGCGGAUCCCUGUGACCAGGCUGUAUGUGACCAUUGCACUCACAGUGCUAUUCUUCCUGAUAUUUGAUCUUCCCUUUGGGAUCUACUGGUUGCUUGACCAAUGGAUUGACAGAUAUUGUUAUAUUUAUGAUGAAAUAAUUUUUCUAUCCUGUAUUAACAGCUGUGCCAACCCCAUCAUUUACUUCCUUGUUGGCUCCAUUACGAACCAUAGUAGUUUCAAGAUGAAGACUCUCAAAUUAUUUCUGGAGAGAGCCAUGCAGGACACUCCUGAGGAGAAAGAAGGUGUUGAGAGUGGUUCUUAA